UCAGCCGCUCUCCGAGUCUCCAGGAUGUGCCCGUCUGAGAUGGGGACGCUGUGGCACCUCUGGUCUCCUGUGCUCAUCAGCCUGGCCGCCCUUUUCUCCAAAGUGACGGAAGGCCGAGGGAUCCUGGAGAGCAUCCAGCGGUUCUCGCUACUGCCUACCUACCUCCCGGUGACCUACCACAUCAACAAUGCCGAUGUGUCCUUCUUCCUGAAGGAGGCCAACCAGGACAUCAUGCGCAACUCCAGCCUGCAGUCGCGGGUUGAGUCCUUUCUGAUCUACAAGUCCAAGCGGCUGCCGGUGCUCAACGCCAGCUACGGGCCCUUCUCCCUUGAGCAGGUGGUACCCCAGGACCUGAUGCUGCCUUCCAACCCAUUCGGAUUCACCAAUACCUUCUCCCUUAACUGGAGGCUGAAGGCCUACAUCUUGCAGGAGAAGGUCUACCUGAGCCAUCCCAAAGUGCAAGUGCUCUUCCACGUUGUGGGCAGAGACUGGGAUGACCACAGGGACGAGAAGCUCCCCUGUCUGCGGGUCUUUGCUUUCCGAGAGACCAGGGAGGUUCGGGGCAGCUGCCAGCUAGGUGGAUCCUUGGGACUGUGUGUGGCCCAGCUGGAGAUGCUGCCUGGCUGGUUCAGUCCCCCUACAGUUGUGUCUGGGCGCAGGAGACCCACAGAGCAGCCCGAAGGGAGUCCCGUGGAACUGUAUUAUGCAGUACAGCCAGGGGAUGAGCGAGGGGACUGUGCCAAGGAGGACUUGAGGAAGGGUGGUGGCCCUCUGACCGGCCACAAUGAUGUUGAUGAAUCCAGCCCCCCUUUGCACAGAAUUGGGAGUGUCUUCCUUCGCGAGACCCCCAGCAGUCCACCUCUGAGGGAACUGCGUUUAGAUAGCAAUGUGGCUGUUCAUUAUGUCCCCAAGACUGUCCGACAAGGAGACGUACUCACCUUCCCCAUCUCCGUCUCUAGGAACUGCACGGAGGAUCACUUCACACUGAGGGCCAAGGUUAAGAAAGGAGUGAGCAUCGUUGGGGUGAGAGCCAGCAGCCCUGCCAUCUGGGAUGUCAAGCAGAGCUCGGAGUAUACUGGGAAGUAUGCACCAGCUGUCCUCAUCUGUCAGAAGAAAUCUGCUGGCGCAGAGAAGAGUGUGGACGAUGCCUCCUACGAAGUCAUGCAGAUUGACGUCGAGGUUGAAGGACCCAGUGACCCACCCACCACACAGCUUGUCACGUGGCAGGUUGAAUACCCAGGAGACAUCACGUCUGACUUGGGGGUAUCCAAGAUCUAUGUGAGCCAGAAGGACUUGAUUGGGGUCAUACCACUGGCAAUGGAGGCAGAGAUACUGAACACAGCCAUCCUCACUGGGAAGACAGUGGCUGUCCCGGUGAAGGUGAUCUCGGUAGAGGAAGAUGGCACAGUGCAAGGUCUGUCGGACUCGGUGGAGUGCAGGUCAGCAGACGAAGACGUGGUUAAGGUUUCUGACAGAUGUGACUAUGUCUUUGUCAAUGGGAAGGAAAUGAAGGGCAAGGUGAAUGUGAUAGUCAGCUUCACCUACCAGCACCUGAGCAGCCCCCUGGAGAUGACAGUGUGGGUACCACGGCUACCACUGCAGAUUGAGGUUUCAGACAUGGAGCUGAACCAGAUCAAGGGCUGGAGGGUCCCUGUUGUCUCUAACAAAAGGCCAGCUCGGGACAGUGAAGAGGAAGAUGAUGAUGAGAAAAAGGGCCGAGGCUGCACCCUCCAGUACCAACAUGCCAUGGUGCGAGUCUUGACCCAGUUUGUGGCCGAGGCACCUGAUCCCGGGGGACACCUGGCCUACCUGCUGGGCUCUGACUGGCAGGUGGACAUCACGGAGUUGAUAACUGACUUCAUGCAGGUGGAGGAGCCCAGAAUCGCCAAGCUACAAGGAGGGCAGAUCCUGACUGGCCAGGAGCUGGGCAUGACCACCAUCCAGAUCCUGUCCCCUCUGUCAGAUGCCAUCCUUGCCGAGAAGACCAUCACUGUGCUGGAUGAGAAGGUGACCAUUACAGACCUCGGGGUCCAGCUGGUAACGGGGCUUUCGCUGUCCCUACAGCUCAGCCCCGGAAGCAACAGAGCCAUUUUCGCCACUGCAGUGGCACAGGAACUUCUGCAGAGGCCCAAACAGGAAGCGGCCAUCAGCUGCUGGGUGCAGUUCAGUGAUGGCUCUGUCACACCGUUGGACAUUUACGAUGAAAAGGAUUUCUCCCUGCUGGCCACAUCCUUGGAUGAGAAGGUUGUCUCCAUUCUCCAGGACCCCAAAUUCAAGUGGCCUAUCAUUGCUGCAGAAAAUGAAGGACAGGGGGCUCUGGUAAAGGUGGAGAUGCUGAUCAGUGAAUCUUGCCAGAAAUCUAAGCGGAAGAGCGUGCUGGCUGUGGGAACAGCCAACAUCAAGGUUAAAUUUGGACAAAAUGACGGGAACCCCAACAGCAGUGAGAGUGGACACCCUGGGGCUGGACUUCAUGUGGAGAAUAUCAAUGAGAGGCGGUCCAAAAAGCCUUUGCAGGAGUGGGGGAGCCCCGAAGGGUCGUAUUACAGCAGCUCCUCCAUGGGGCUCAUGGAGGGAUGGGGCAGUACAACCAAAAGGCCAACUUUCCAGAGGAAGGAAGGCCAGGAAAGCCUCUUAGAUGACAUCAUCCUCUCACAGACCAUGGCCACAGACUUCACCAGCUUCCCAGACCAGGUGGAUCUCCCCAGGAGCAACACAGGCUCUGAGGAGCACGACCCUGAUCAAGCCGCCAAGGGCUUGAGUGACCUAGAAAUCGGGAUGUAUGCUUUGCUGGGUGUCUUCUGCCUGGCGAUCUUGGUGUUCUUAAUUAACUGCGUGACCUUUGCCCUGAAGUACAGGCACAAACAGGUUCCCUUUGAGGAGCAAGAAGGUCUGAGUCAUUCUCAUGACUGGGUUGGGCUGAGCAACCAGACAGAGCUCUUGGGGAACCCCAUGAACUUCGCCUCCUCCCAAGAGGAGCAGAUCACUGCCCUUGACAGGGGUCUGGACUUUGAGGAGAGCAAACUGCUUCUCAGCUCAAAUUCCCAGAGCAGCAUCAAUGGACAGCUGUUCAGGUCCGCGGGAGCCAUGCUCACAGAUGGGGAUGAACAGAAAAGCGAACCCCCCACAUCCCCUACCUCCAAAAGGAAAAGAGUGACGUUCUCCACGUUCUCAGCCAUCUCCUCAGAUGACGGGUGUUCUGCUGGGAACACCAUGGUGUUGAGUAAUGAGGAUGACAUUAAGUGGGUCUGCCAGGCUCUGGACCCCGGGGAGUGCCCAGACCCUCACAGUUGCAUGGAGAGGCUACAUGAGCACGUGUAACAUGGACACCAAUGUUGUUCUUACCUUUCAGCCUUGAACCCACCCGGGUAUGGGGAGUAGACAUGCAGCCAAGGGAGACAUGAGACAAGAGGACACCAUAAGGGUGACACUGUCCAUGGAGCCUUGGGAAAUGAUCCCCUCUUAGCUGAGGAGGUCCAGAGUUGGUACCCAUGCAUACGCCAUUGCGCACAAUGUUCUGGUUCGACUCACGAGGUUCAUUGUGCAUGGGAAAGUGUUUUCAAACCUGGAACAAAGAUGCGUGUUUGAGGGUUCUCAGGGAAGAACUCUCUCCCUCUAAUCUAAGCAAUUUGGUUUUCUGCUUUGGGAGUCAAUAUUUCAGACCAUGAUAAUAAAAAAAGCAAGAACUCAGGUUGAGCAUGCAUGGAUCAGCAGGCAGAAGCAUGCUAUCUGAGUGGAGCAGCAGGGCUGGCUGGGAGGGUGCCCGUGGGCAGAGCCUUAUGCUGAAGCUAGCUGCAGGAAGCCAGGUAGUGGACUGUUAUUUCCCAAAGAUGGCCAAAGUCGGCCAGUGAUGAUUGACAGGCAAAGGCAGAGAUUAGCAGGGCAAAAAGGAAUGGGUAGAUGAGUGUGACCCACAAAUAUAACUACACACACACACACACACACACACACACAAAACAUUAGAGCAACUCAGAGAAGCCUCCUGCCCUGUUGGGCACUUGGGCAUAAACCACACGGCUCCUUUAGCAAGUUCAUCACCUUUGAACUUUAUCUCUCCACUCCACUGACACCCUUACUGCAGCUGUUGGUUAUCCAUGAGUGAAGAGAGCAGGGUAAAUUUUCUAGAAUUUUCUCCCUGCCCCUCUUUCCUCAGACCUUGUGUCAACUGUGGGUGACAUUCUAUGGAGAAGGUCCCAGGGACAUACAUCCCUCUGAAGAGGCUGGGCUCCAGAGUGGAAGUAGGACUGGGGUGAACGCCACACCCACUCCCUGCUUUCCUAGAAACCAUAGAGGUUUGUUUGUUACUCAUGUUGGGUCUACUGUCCAAGAAUUUGUCACCAGGGUAUUACAACAAAUCUGGUGUGGAGGUCCUUCUGCAUCUCAUAUGACACAAAUCCCUCUGUUCAGAGAGGAUAGGCUAUCCCAAGCUGUGAGAGAGGUGGGCUUGUGCAUGCUUGAAGAGCAUGAGAGAGAUGAAGGGUAUGUGUAGGGUGUGUGUGUGUCUGUGUACGUGUGUAUCAGAGGUGUGUGCGUGUAUGUUGAGGGUAUGCAUGUGUCAUCUGUGGGUGCAUGUGUGUAGGUACAUACUUUUGCAAACACUUGGACCCAAAGUCAGCCCUGAAAGGAUUACCAUUGCUUAAAAUCAAAAUGAUUGGUCAUUGUCUCUGAGAUCCCUCAGAUGCUGAGGCCCCUGAAGAUGGAAGGAUUGGCAUGAUCAGGGGAUCCCUAACCCAAUCCCGGUCUCACUGUGAAGUGAGGAGGGCUGAAAAGUAGCUGUGACCUUGAAGGGUGAAGGAGGCUGGUCUCUCUGUCUAUUUCUACUUCGGUCAGUUCCCUUCUUCUGGUCUUCAGACCUCUCUUCAACAUUUUUCUCCUCUCCUCUCUCUUUGGGCAUUUCUGUCUGCCCUGAACCUAUUCUCAAUUUUCUUUCCCAUUACUUUCUGUCUUUAUCCUCUUGUCUCUUUCUUUAUCACCCUCCCCCCCCUCCUCCUCCUCCUCCUCCUUCUUCUUCCUAUCCCCACUAAGAGAAUCUCCCCAGAGUCCCACCUCCCCUACCCCUCAGGCCCAUUUCCCCCUGAUUGUGGUGCUAAUCCUUUUGUUCUGACAGCCAGCAAGCCACCCAGCUCCUGUCCCCCAUAGACUCCCCUUGUUUGGGUAGGUGAUGAAACUCUUACCCCUCAACCACCGAAAUCCUUUGCUUUUAGUUGCCCCCUUUCUGGUUUCUCCCUAUUCUGACCCGUGUGACAUUUCCUGGACUGCAGCAGAUGCCUGUUCUCCAAUCCCUCCAUGUGUAGAAUGUAUUGUAGAUUGUAAGAAUGUAAUAUAUAUUUAUAAACUCACUGACUGUAAAUAUAAAACAUGCACUCCGCGGCUUUAUGGCUGGCCUUUGUCUUUCUACAUGCUGAACCCCCCCCCUCCUACCCCCUGCUCCCAGGGCCCCAGGA